AUGACCUAUUCAACCCUACUCCAGCGGGUCCACAGGGGACUCUCUGCUAUCGAGCUCGUGCACACCUCCCAUCCUCGCUGGCCUCUCCCGCUACAGUCCACGACGGCCCCAACUGUGCACAUCUCCGUGCUCGAUUCCUCCUUCAACCCGCCCACGCUCGCACACCUCGCACUCGCUAACACCCUCCCGCUCCCGCCUACAGACGUGCCUCCAGUAGGGGCCCCGGACGACUUCGACGCGCGUCUGCUCCUACUCUCUGUGCGCAAUGCGGACAAGCAACUCAAACCGGGCGAUGCGGCAUACGAGCAGCGCACGGAGAUGAUGAUCCUCCUCGCACGCGACCUCGCGCGCACACAUGCUCGCAGCGUCCCCGCCGCCCAGGCGGACGCUCACAGUCUAACCGGGGCUGAGGCUGAAGGAGAGCAUGAGCCCAACGUCGCCGUCGCGAUCAUCGACGAACCGACCUUCGUCGGCAAGUCCGCCAUCCUCCACGACUUCCUCACCUCGCGCAUCGCCGCGCUCCUCGGUCCCAACGCGCCUUCUACUCCUGUGCCUUCCCCCGAGCUCACCUUCCUCAUGGGCACCGACACCGUCGCGCGCCUCUUUGCGCCGCGCUACUACGCGUCCGAGGCUGCGAUGCACACCGCGCUACAUCGCUUCUUCUCGCCUGACGGUGACGACUCGCGCAUCGUCUGCGCCCGCCGCGUGAGCCAAGGGGUGCCCCGUGCGGAAGAGGAGCGCAUUGAGGUCGAGAUGGCCGCAUUCGCGCGUACGAUCGUCGCCUUUGAGCGGCUCGCGUUCGUAGACAUUGGGGAGCGUGAAGCAACGUAUAGCAGCAGCCAGGUGCGGGAACUUCGGGCGAAGGGGGACGAGCGGUGGAAGGAGAUGAUCACACCUGCCGUUGCGGAAUAUAUCGUCGCGAACGACCUAUACCUUACCUUGUAA